AUGUUCUUGAGACUAGCUCCACAUCCUCAAAGAUUCCAAGAGCUCUUCAUUGUGUCAUCAUGUGGGUACUUGGUUCCACAAAGUCCAUGGAGAAGAGAGCAUUGUAGUGCUCUUGGUACAUGGGGAGUUCAUCCUCCUCUUCUUGUGGCUCAGCCUCCUCCAUGGGCUCAUCUUGGUUACUCUUGCACUCUCAUCAACCUCUUGAUUCACCUCUUCUCCUUCUUCUUCACUUCAGACUCAUCACUUCUCUUCUUUCCAAUGUUACCCCAAUCUCAAACUCUCCUUGCUCGCUCUCACUACUAA